CUCGGGGUUAGAGCCUCGCCCUCGGGCGGGCGCGGGGCCAUGGGCACGGCGUCGUCCCUGGUGAGCCCGGCGGGCGCUGUCGGGGAGGUGAUCGAGGACACGUACGGCGGCGGCGGCGGAGAGGCCUGCGAGAUCCCGGUGGAGGUGAAGCCCAAGGCGAGGCUGCUGCGCGGGUCCCUGCGGCGCGUCGGCGGCUCCCGGCCCGGCGGCCUCAUCGGGGCCAGCUUCAAGUCGACGGCCUCGGUGCAGGAGCUGGAGUGCGUGGCCGAGUACGAGCGCCUGAGGAAGGAGUACGAGAUCUUCCGCGUCAGCAAGAACAACGAGGUGGCCUCCAUGGUGAAGAAGGAGGCCAAGCUGGACAGGGAGAACAAGCGGCUGCGCGCCGAGCUGCAGGCACUUCAGAAAACAUACCAGAAAAUACUUAGAGAGAAAGAAAGUGCAUUAGAAGCUAAAUACCAAGCCAUGGAGAGAGCUGCUACUUUUGAACAUGAUCGAGACAAGGUCAAAAGGCAAUUCAAGAUUUUUAGAGAAACUAAAGAAAAUGAGAUUCAGGACUUACUGAGGGCCAAACGAGAGCUAGAAGCAAAACUCCAGAGACUCCAGGCCCAGGGAAUCCAAGUGUUUGAUCCUGAAGAGUCUGAUUCUGACGAUAAUUGUACAGAUGUUACAGCUGCUGGGGCGCCAUCUGAAUACUGGAAUGGAGGAGUGUUGGGAAGUGAGCCAUCCAUGGGUAGUAUGAUGCAACUUCAGCAGUCUUUCAGAGGGCCUGAAUUUGCUCAUAGCUCUAUAGAUGUUGAGGGACCAUUUGCAAAUAUAAACAGAGAUGAUUGGGAUGCUGCAGUUGCCAGUUUAUUGCAGGUUACUCCUCUGUUUUCCCACUCUCUGUGGAGUAACACAGUAAGGUGUUAUAUUAUCAGUACUGAUGAGACUCAGCCAGAAGUGACCAUCUUCAUUAGAAACUACUCUCCAAAACUUCAGAGAGUCUGUGAAACAAUGGGGUACUUCUUUCAAGCUGUUAAUUUUUCAACAGAGAAUGAAAGGCCUCUUCAGGAUGUAAGAAAAUGGGAAAUUGAAAAAAGUUCAUUAGUAAUAUUGCUCCUGCAUUUAACUUUGCCAAGUUGUUUGUUGGAGGACUGUGAAGAAGCCUUCUUGAGAAAUCCAGAAGAAAAACCCCGGUUAAUUUACCACAGAAGGGAGGAUGGCAAAGUCAGUUCAGUCUCAGUGCAACAGUUAAUUGAGCAAAUUUCUUGCGUGAACAAAGCAAAGAUGAUUGACCAUGUUGGAGGUAUGGAGGAAGGAGCUUAUGAAAUCUAUAAUUCUGUGGAAAAAAUAAUUAAACAGGAUAUAUUAGGGUGUGAAAUGACAGACCUAGAAGGCAAGGAUCUGGGUAAUAAGGAAGACUCUGCUGCUCCUGAAGAAGAAGUUUUUGGUGAUGUAUUGUGGGAUGCACACGAUGAACAAGAACAGAUGGAAGCUUUUCAGCAGGCCUCUAAUUCAACAUGUGAGCUGGGAUUUGAGAAAUAUUUUGAACGUCUGAAUGACCUAGUAGCAGCACCAGCACCAAUUCCACCAUUGCUUGUAUCAGGAGGACCAGGCUCUGGGAAAUCUCUCCUUCUGUCUAAAUGGAUUCAAUUACAGCAGAAGCAUUCGCCAAACACUCUAAUUCUUUACCACUUUGUUGGGAGGCCCAUGUCUACUAGUUCAGAGUCUGCAUUGAUAAUUAAGCGCCUUACUCUGAAGGUACUUAUGCAACACUCUUGGUUAGUAUCACCUCUGACUUUCGAUCCAGCUAAACUUCUGGAAGAGUUUCCCCGUUGGCUGGAAAAGCUUUCUGCACGCCAUCAAGGCAGCAUUAUUAUAAUUAUUGACUCUAUUGACCAAAUACAGCAAGCUGAGAAGCAUAUGAAGUGGUUGAUAGAUCCUCUGCCAGUGAACGUGAGAGUGAUUGUAUCAGUGAAUGUAGAAACGUGUCCUCAGGCGUGGAGGUUAUGGCCCACUCUUCAUCUUGAUCCACUGCAUUCCAAAGAUGUUAAAUCUCUCAUUAGUGCAGAAUGUAACUCUGCAAACGUUAAAUUGACUAAAGAGCAGGAGAAGAAGCUUGAGAGACAUUGUCGUUCUGCCACAACUUGCAAUGCUUUGUAUGUCACUCUUUUGGGCAAAAUCAUUGCUUGUGUUGGAAAUACAGGAAGUAUUGAUGAGAUUCUUCAGCAGUGUUGCCAGUGUCAAGACACAGUGUCACUGUACAGGCUUGUUCUGAGAUCAAUUCAGGAAUCAUUGCAGAGUGAUAAAGAGAAAGAUCUUUUGAGAGAGAUACUGUGUGUCAUUGGUGUCAGCCACAAUGGGGUGAGUGAGUCAGAGCUGAUGGAGCUUUAUCCUGAGCUGACUUCUGCAGUGCUGGCCUCACUCCUUCAUAGCCUGCACAAAAUGUGUCUGCUGACAUAUGGCUGUGGUUUGCUGAAGUUCCAGCACCUCCAGGCUUGGGAGAUGGUAAAACUAGAGUAUAUGGAAGCAGGUGAAAAUGUUAUUUCUGCCUAUAGACAAAAACUAGUGGAAUAUUUCACCAUGCAGUUAAGUCAAGACCGAGUGACUUGGAGAAGUGCAGAUGAACUUCCCUGGCUCUUCCAACAGCAGGGUGAUAAGCAAAAGCUACACAAGUGUCUUUUGAAUCUCUUUGUAUCCCAAAACCUUUACAAAAGGGGACAUUUUGCAGAAUUGCUGAGUUACUGGCAGCUGGUUGGGAAAGAUAAGAGCUCUAUGGCAGCUGAGUAUUUUGACUCUCUGAAAGAAUAUGAAAAAAGCAGUGAGGGAGAGGAAAGUAUGAUCUGCCUGGCUGAUCUUUAUGAGACCCUGGGACGGUUUCUUAAGGACCUAGGUCUUCUCAGUCAGGCUGUAGCUCCUCUGCAGCGCUCUCUGGAGAUUCGAGAGACUGCGCUGGAUCCAGACCACCCCAGGGUGGCACAGUCACUCCACCAGCUGGCAGGAGUGUAUGUUCAGUGGAAGAAGUUUGGAAAUGCUGAACAGCUGUAUAAGCAGGCACUGGAAAUCUCUGAAAAUGCCUAUGGAGCUGAACACCCUCGGGUGGCUCGUGAACUUGACGCACUUGCAACCUUGUACCAAAAGCAGAACAAAUAUGAACAAGCUGAGCAACUGAGGAAAAAGUCCUUCAAAAUACGCCAGAAAGCAGCAAGGCAGAAAGGCAGUCUGUGUGGUUUUGCUCUCCUGCGUCAAAGAGCCCUGCAACUGGAAGAGCUCACAUUAGGCAAGGAUACAUCAGAUAAUGCUCGAACCCUAAAUGAACUUGGAGUCCUCUACUACCUGCAGAAUAAUCUUGAGACAGCAGAGCUUUUCCUGAAGCGCUCCUUGGAAAUGCGGGAGCGAGUGCUGGGAUCCGACCACCCAGACUGUGCACAGUCUCUGAACAACCUGGCAGCCCUGUACAAUGAGAAGAAGCACUAUGACAAGGCUGAGGAGCUCUAUGAAAAAGCUUUGGACAUCAGGAGGAGAGCCUUAGCUCCAGACCAUCCCUCCUUGGCUUACACUGUGAAACACCUGGCAGUGCUGUACAAAAAGAUGGGAAAGCUUGACAAAGCUGUUCCUCUGUAUGAGCUAGCAGUAGAAAUUCGACAGAAGUCAUUUGGCCCAAAACACCCGAGUGUGGCAACUGCUCUGGUAAACCUGGCUGUCCUUUACUGUCAGAUGAAAAAACAGAUUGAAGCUUUGCCUCUCUAUGAAUGUGCACUAAAGAUUUAUGAAGACAGCUUUGGCCAAAUGCAUCCUCGUGUGGGGGAAACACUGAAAAACUUGGCUGUGCUGAGCUAUGAAAGGGGAGACUUUGAGAAGGCAGCUGAACUUUACAAGAGAGCUAUGGAAAUAAAAGAAGCAGAGACUUUGUUAAUAGGUGGAAAAGCAACUUCUCGACACUCAUCAAGUGGAGACACAUUCAGCUUAAAAAGUGCAUUAUCACCAAACGCUGUGCUGGAACAUGGACAAAGUGGGAUACUACUACUACCAUUACUAGCUGGCUGUGUGUUGGCUGCAUCACAUCGUGGAAAAGAUUUUUGAAGAGCCCAAUUUGGAAAUAUUUGUAUUAUACUGCCAAGGCUGAAAGAAUGACCAAGUUCUGGAUCAGAUGGCCACGGUAGUUAAAAUAUUUGAAACUGAUCCUUCCAGUUCUACAGGGUACUGGUGCUCCAGGAUGCAAAUAUUUACAGGUCAGUUUAACACGUGGCCAUUUAAAAGGUUAUAUGACUGUACUUGUACUUAUGUAAUUUACAAGACAAAUACAACAGGUGAGCUACUCCAGUGGAGAUAUUUGCAAAACUAAAAAUUUAUAGCAUCUAAUUUUAGAAGACUUUCUAUGCAAAUUCAGACUUAUAUUCCUUAAUAUAGCCCAAGUGAUGGGGAGUAAUCAGAAUUAUAGCUAAACUUUCAGUAACCAACAAAAAUAUAUUAUUUAGACUUCUGAAAAGGUAGACAAAAUCUCCAGUUCUUUCCAAUGUUGCUCAUCAUUUUGUCAUGAAAAGCAUCUGUCAGACAAAAUAGUGGCAUGCUGCUAAUGUAAUAAUACCAGAAGACUUCACCUUCUUACAGUAUACUCAAAACAUCACAUACAAAACAUAGGCAGCUGCUUAAGGACAAGCAGCAGUAAAACACUGAUAUAGAAAAUUCCAUCCCAGGGAUAUUUAAGGCAGAUGAAAAGGCUUAUAUGUUCCCAUUACUCAGAAAAAGUACCCACAGCAUGAUCAAUGCCAAGACUUUAGACCAGUGAAUGACAACCAAGUAAAAGUGCUUGGAAACUCAGGAGCAGCACCAUGAAAGAGGCAUUAUCAUCUGCCUUCCACCCACUCAGUCCACUCCAGCAGAUUUCAUCCUUCCCUUGGCCCUGUUCUAUGUGCUAUUCUCAUCACAUGAUAGGGCAUAUAAUGUGCCGUGCCUGCUUUUUUAGUUUAUCCAGGUCCUUUUAUUUGCCACUGAAUAUCUGGACAUUAGCAAUGCUGAGAAACUAAAAUUUAACAGUAGCACAGCUCUAUCUGUUAAUAAAGACAUGAUGAGAAAACAGAAUAUAAACAAUGUAAGUCUGUGUCCUUCCUGCCCCUGUAACAAUUCUGUUUCAUCAGAAAAGUAAAGGUAAGCUUCAAUGGAAGUGAAAAAAAGGAAAAAAAGUAA